UUUUUGUUAGAGCGAAAGAGAUUUCUCUGAAGCGCAGUCGUCGUUGGUAAACAGGGCGUACAAGACGCUGCUUCAGCCGUAUCGUCGUGCGGUGUACCUGCUUGAACUGCAGGGUCGAAGCUUGAAGGACAGCGCCGAUGUCAGUGAUCAAGAGUUUCUCAUGGAAAUGCUUGACGAACACGAAAAGCUUGCAACUCUGUUGCAGCAUGAAACGCCGCCGAUGAGCUUUCGGAGCAGCUACUAUGCGAAGGUUGGUUUCGAAGCGAUCAACGUCGAGAAGAAGCUCGAUAGCAUCUUCGCGUCUCCCGUCAUCGACAAUGACAUGCUUGGUGAGGUGUCCCUCAAUGUCGACUCAUCGGAGCCCGCUCAGGCCGCAGUUUGUAUUCUGAUGGAACUUAAUCUGGCUGACAUGAUCAUUGGAAUGGAAUCCUGUCAGACGAAGAAUACCAGUCCUACGACUGAGGCGAUAACAGGCUAA